AGAGGGACAGGGGCCGAGGGAGGGUCGCGUCGCCCGCCCCGGGGUGAUGCGUGGGCGAAGCGGGAUUGUGUCACUCCCUCCACGGAGUGAACUAAUGGGCCGCGACUCAGCGAGUGCAGCCCCCGCGCUACCCCCGCCGGCUCGGGAGGCGCCGCUCCGUCACAACAUGGCGGGUGCUGCUGCCUCACAGCCCGCCGGCGGUGCCGCGGGUUGGGCGCCCCGGGGAGAUCGCGGGUGGAGAGCUGCUGGUGUGGUGCAGAAUUACCUGUGCUUAAGGUGCAGGUUCUAUAAUUUGAUGUCCUUUCCCUCUCAGGCAGUGUCACAUCCUAAUGUCAGUCGCUUCCUGCCAUCGUAAAGCCCAGGAAGCCAGUGAGGGUGAGGCCCAGCGACGUAACCAGGGUCAGGUAUAGUCCCAUGACCACCAGGCAGGUGCACAGUGACGAGGCAGCUCUGAG